UCAUGCAGCUGCCAGGUCCACAAGUGUCUCUAUGGGUCCCUGUAACGCCUCCCAUUGCUGCUGUCCUCCCAUCCGCCUCACUCUGCCCAUGUGCCACUUUCAGGUCUCCUCACACUGCUGGUGUUGUUCAAUUUUUUGACAUAGGGUGUUGGCAGAAUACGGGCCUCCCAUAGCUGCUGCCAGGCCCCUAAUCUGCCAUGGGCCCCUAUACCGCCUCCUCAUGCUGCUGCCAAGUCCAGAGUGUGUCAUGGGUCCCUGUACGGCCUCCAAUUGCUGCUGUCUCCAUCGCCACACUCUGCCAUGUGCCACUUUCAGGUCUCCUCACACUGCUGGUGUGUUCAAUUUUUUGAC